AGGCUGAAUGGGGUAGAAGACCCGUCGAGGUGGGAAAGUGUCUAUUUUCUGCCUACCACCACCGCCACCAUCCUGGCUGGGUCUAGAGGGUGACGACAGCUGGGAAGUGGCAGCACGUGCUCAGGUUCCAGGAAGGGCUCCCUGUUUAUUCCUCGCGGGAGAAAACACCGGAGUGACCAGAUGUCUCGGUCCCUGAAACUUCGCUGUGAUGGCCAAAAUUACAUCCUGUAAAAAGUGGCAGAUACCAACGUACUGUGAAGAAUGGUCUCUGGAGACCUGAAAAGCUGAUAGUCUGAUCACUCAACAAAAGAAGUCUGAGAACCCGGAAAUAGACAUGAAUAAUGUACAAGUGACUUCCACGCUGUGGACCAGCCAUCCAGACGGAGAGGUGACCCUGAGGCAGUCCAAGCACGGACCCGGCCACGAGGCCCCGAUGACCAUCCACGAGUUCUUCCAGCAGUCGGUCGGCCGAUUCGGGGCUCACCCGGCCCUGGCGUCCAAGGACAACAAGAACUGGGCGUUUCUGAAUUUCAGCCAGUACUACCAGGCUUGCCGGAGGGCCGCGCGAGCCUUCGUCAAGCUGGGCUUGCAACGUUUCCACGGAGUGGGCAUACUGGGAUUUAACUCUGCCGAGUGGCAUAUUGCAGCUAUUGCCAGCAUCCUCGCAGGGGGGCUUUGUGUUGGUAUUUAUGCCACCAACUCGGCCGAGGCUUGUCAAUAUGUCAUCAACCAUGCCAAGGUGAACAUUUUGCUGGUUGAAAAUGACCAACAGUUACGGAAAAUCCUUUCGAUCUCACAGAGCAAGCUGAGGACCCUGAAAGCCAUUGUCCAAUACAAACCGCCCAUCAAGGAGACCAAUAACAAUAUCUAUUCUUGGGAGGACUUCAUGGAACUUGGCGACAGCAUUCCUGACAGCCAGCUGGAGCGGAUCAUCGAGAGCCAGAAAGCUAAUCAGUGUGCCGUCCUCAUCUACACGUCGGGGACCAUGGGCGACCCCAAGGGGGUGAUGCUCAGCCAUGACAACAUCACAUGGAUGGCCGGGGCAGCAGCAAAGGACGCCGGGAUGAUCAAUAUGCAGGGGAGGCGGGAGACGGUGGUCAGCUACCUGCCCCUCAGCCACAUCGCCGCACAGAUGAUGGACAUCUGGAUCCCCAUCAAGAUCGGGGGGCUCACGUACUUCGCUCAGCCAGAUGCUCUCAAGGGCACGUUGGUAUAUACUUUGCAGGAAGUAAAGCCUACUGUCUUCUUCGGGGUGCCCCGGAUUUGGGAGAAGAUGCAGGAGAGAAUAAAGGAGAGUGGUGCCAGGUCCUCGAACUUGAAGAAGAAGGUGUUUUCAUGGGCAAGAACCAUUGGCUUAAGGGUCAACACUAAAAAGAUGAUGGGGAAACAAGAUACUCCUGUGAACUACCGCAUGGCCAAGGCCCUCGUGUUCAGCAAGGUUAAGAAAGUGCUUGGACUGGAUCACUGCCACUAUUUUAUCAGCGGGGCCGCGCCGCUCGCUGAGGACACCACCCAGUUCUUCCUGAGCCUGGACAUACCCAUAGGCCAGAUGUACGGGAUGAGCGAAAGCUCAGGUCCCCACACAAUUUCCAACGCGAAUAUGUACAGGAUUCUAAGCUGCGGCAAGGUGUUGAACGGGUGUAAGAUCUUGCUGAUCCACCAGGACAAGGACGGCAUCGGGGAGGUCUGCCUAUGGGGCAGGAACAUCUUCAUGGGAUACCUGGAAAGAGAGGAUAUGACAAUGGAGGCCAUUGACGAGGAAGGCUGGCUACACUCCGGGGACUUGGGCAGAAUGGACAACCUGGGUUUCCUCUACAUCACUGGUCGCAUCAAAGAGCUCAUCAUCACUGCUGGUGGAGAAAACGUGCCCCCCAUUCCCAUCGAGACCUUGGUGAAGGAGAAGAUCCCCAUCAUCAGUAAUGCCAUACUGGUGGGAGAUAAAGCGAAGUUCCUGAGCAUGUUGCUAACACUGAAGUGUGAGAUCGAUCAGAUGAACGGAGAGCCUCUGGACAAGUUGACCUUGGAGACCAUCAAAUUCUGCCGAGGCCUGGGCAGCCAAGCAUCCACCGUGACUGAGAUUGUGAGGCUGCGAGACCCCCUGGUCUACGCGGCCAUCCAGCAAGGUAUAGAUGCUGUGAACCAGGAAGCCACCUCCAAUGCACAGAAGAUUCGUAAGUGGGCUAUCUUGGAGAAGGACUUUUCCAUUCAAGGUGGAGAGCUAGGUUCAGCGACAAAAGUUAAGAGACAUUUCAUAAACCAGAAAUACAAAAAACAAAUCGACAGCUUCUACUACUGACUGUUGUGGGGAGCUGCUCUUGGCUGUCCUGAUGGCAUGAUCCCAGGAAAGUUGACUGGGAGGUCUGCGUAAAGAACUACAAAGAAAGAUCUGACCUGCGGGUGCCAAUGGAAUGUUCCCCCCGGAGAUCUAAUGAGACAUUAGAAAGAAAAAGCCUACGCAACUUUGAAGAAAUGGGCCCUAAACCCAAUCACCUGCCCAGAAGCAAUUUGGAAACCCUUCCAAUAAGUUCUGAUAAUAAAGCACUUCAGCGUCCCA